UUCCCUUCAUCUCUCGAUUCCUCGUCGCGGUCGCGGAGCCUGGUCCCGCCGCUCGGUCCUCCUGUGAUCCUGUCGCUGUCCCCGCUUGUAAACUGGGCAACGACUAUGGCGCGGAUGUGGAUUUCCUCUUUCGAUUUCCCUUCCUCUGCCUCUGUUCGGGUUCCUGGAUCGCGCGUCUUUGCGCUGGGCGUGCUCCCGCCGGCGAGGCCAAGGUUCAACUUCAACCCGUUGGUGCCUUCCGUUGCGUCUGCCGUCUGGUGCUCUUGUGGCCGCAUGGAUAGGCGGAGACGCGCGGUCGAAGUGGCGGCGGCGGUUAUGGUGCUCUUGCUGCUGCCGAUCGCUCCUGCUGGGGGAGCAAGGAGAGAUUGGGGUUUCCAUCCCCCCUCUUCUUUUGUUGGUUAUACUGAGCCCAACACAAAACCCGAUAUCAGGAACAGUGGGCAGAGUUUUGUUUUUAACUAUACUCUGGCCAAGGCUAUUGUGGAAUAUGCUUCAGCUGUAUACAUGACAGACCUAACGGCUCUAUAUACAUGGACAUGUUCAAGAUGCAAUGACUUGACUCGAGGCUUUGAGGUGACAUGUAUAAUUGUUGAUGUCCAAAAUUGCUUGCAGGCAUUCGUUGGUGUUGAUCCCAAUCUCAAUGCUAUCAUUGUUGCAAUAAGGGGAACUCAAGAGAACAGCAUACAGAACUGGAUUAAGGACUUGAUAUGGAAGCAAGUUAAUCUUAAUUAUCCCAACAUGCCCAAUGCUAAGGUCCACAUUGGGUUUUACUCUUCUUACAAUAAUACACUUUUACGUCCAGCCAUCACGAAUGCUGUUCGCAAGGCAAGGAAGUUGCAUGGAGAUUGUGACAUAAUUGUUACAGGGCACUCGAUGGGAGGAGCGAUUGCUUCUUUUUGUGCGCUUGAUCUUGCCAUCAGCUUUGGAAGUGACAAUGUUCAUCUGAUGAGUUUCGGUCAACCACGUGUUGGCAAUGCUGCUUUUGCCUCCUAUUUUGCCAAAUAUGUGCCAAAAACAAUCAGAAUGACACAUGAACGUGAUAUUGUGCCUCAUUUGCCCCCUUAUUUCUUCUUCCUCCCACAGCUGACGUACCGGCACUUCCCCAGGGAGGUGUGGGAACAUGAUGUUGAUGGCAACACAACCUUUCAAGUCUGUGAUGGCAGUGGUGAAGACCCAAAUUGUAGCAGGAGCGUGUUUGUGCUGUUCUGGAGCGCUUCUGACCAUUUGACCUACAUGGGAGUUAAGAUAGAAGCCGACGAUUGGAGCACCUGCAGAAUCGUCUUGGGACAAAGCGUUGAGCAACUCGGGAUGAGUCUCGCCAGCAACAUUGCUACGUCAGGACACUCCGUCGACGUUGUCAUUGCAGACCAUAGCGUGCAGGUUGAUUGAUGCAGUUCAGGCUAGUCAUGCCUAUUAGCCUAUAGAUAAGCUGUUACUUUUUUCAGAGCAAAGGAAAUAUUUGUUCCAUUUUGCUCUGUGGUUCUUUCAGGCAUUUACAGUUUGUGAAUGUACGCUCUGUUUAGAAACU